AUCUUCACCUGCUUUGGCUUCCCAUAAAUUGGGCUUCAAAGUCUUCCACAGCCUUACAACUUUCAACCUCCAUACGCAACUCUCAGCCACUUGCAGGAAUUGCAAAGAAAAAGGUUUUCAGGUGCUUCCACUCUUGUAAUUCAGUUGCGUUUCUGCUUCUGUUUUUUGUUUGAGAUGGCAGAAAGCUCGUUUUCAAUGAGGAGUAUGAAGGGUCGGUCAUGGCAAAGGUGUUCAAAGCAAAUCAGAGAGCAGCGGGGAAGGCUUUAUAUUAUAUGGCGAUGUACUGUGUUAUUGCUGUGUUGGCAGGACUAGCCUUGGGGUUGGGUCCAGUUCAAUUCAGUCUGGAAUCCAAUUCUCAAUGGACUUGGGGAGGUGGAGGUGGUGUAUAGUUUAGAUAACAGAAAUCACGCUUUCAAUUAGGGAGGCGGAGGAGGUGGGGGGGUGUUUUUUUGUUUGUUUGUUUUCCUUUUUCUUCAAUUAGAUGAAGAAGGGGUUGUCUGAUUGAUGAGCGAUGCCUAAACUUAACAUGAAUUACAGAAGACAGAGCGGAUAAAUUAACAUGCUACUUCAAUUUUUUGUAAAUAGUGCACCUGCUACAAGCUUCUCUUUAUGUGCCAACGCAAUGGGUUGUCAUGCCAGGAUGAUUGAUUGUUCA